CCGGGACAGCACUUGGUGGGGAUUUAUUUUAGCGAUACUUUUAGUUGGAAUGUAAUUGUAAGCUUUACGGAGUCGUGUCACCUACAUUACCAAAUACCGAAGGAAAGAGAUUUAUCUGCAGCCUUGAAACAAAUGUACCUUCCUAUAGUUAGGUUUUGUGAAUUAGGCGGCCUUGAGAAAACAUCAAGUGGGCUGAAGAGGAACACACGAUCCCCUUGACAACUGCCUCUGCUUCUCACCUCGCUUUUCAUAGCAAUGAAGCUACAGAUAUACACAGUUGAUGCCUUCACUGAUCAACCCUUCUCUGGGAACCCAGCUGCUGUGGUGCCCCUCCUAGAGCCUUUAGAAGAGCAGACACUGCAAAAUUUGGCUGCAGAACUCAACCUCUCAGAGACAGCCUAUGUCAGUCCCAUAGGAGAUGACACCGAACCAUGGAUUACGACAUCUCAAUUUACCCUCAGGUGGUUCACACCAACAAAUGAAGUACCCCUUUGUGGCCAUGCAACCUUGGCCACUGCCCACACUUUAUUCAACAGUUUAGGAAAUAGGAACAACAGAUUAGAGUUUAAAACUAAGAGUGGUGUGUUAGUUGCCCGAAAAGAUGGCAGCAACAUUAUUUUGGAUUUCCCAGAAAAUCCACCAGAGCCUCUCACAGCAGAACAAAGAACUGAUUUAAAUGUUCUUGUGAAAGGAGUGGUUAAUGAUCUCCAUAUAGAUACUGUUUUACUUUCACACACAACAAAGAAACUUUUAGUGAAGCUUCAUAGCUCAUGUACCAGGAGAGACUUGGAAAGUCUAAAGCCAGAUGCUGCAUCAUUAUUAAGUCUUCAUAAUGGAUCAUUAGUCAAAGGAGUUAUAGUUACUCUCAGUGGUGGGCUGCAAGGAGAGAUGUCAGAGGACAGUCAGCUAUACCACUGCAUUUCUCGCUACUUUGCACCUUGGAAUGGCAUCCCAGAAGAUCCUGUUACGGGUUCUGCACAUACUGUUUUAGGCCCCUUCUGGUCUAAACAGUUGGGAAUAUCUAACCUGAGAUGUCGUCAGUGUUCCCCACGUGGAGGUGACCUGAUUGUAAGUGUUCGAGGGGAUGGCAGAGUGGAUCUUGCAGGCAAGGCCACCACUGUCAUUCAAGGCCUUGUGUCAAUAUGAUGAUAAAUUCAGAUUUUAUUCUUGAAGCUCAUAAAAAGUUAAGAACUGAAUUGUACUAAGAUAGAAAAAA